CACGCGGGGCAAGAGAGAGACCCGGAGACGCUUCCCUUCCCCGCGCGCACUCGCUCUCUGGCUGGCUGCUGGUGCGUGCAAGGAGCUGGAGGGGCCCGGCUCGCUGGAGGAGAAAUCAUAAAUCCAACUUAUCCUAGUGAAAAUGGCUUUAGGCAACCUUACAUCAAAGGCUGUAUCACUUUACGAUGAAUGGAUUAAAGAUGCUGUCUGCCUUUCUCACUGAGACUCAAGGCGGAUUACACAGUAUGAGGUUAAUACAAUCAGUAUCAAAUCCACGAGUUGAAGGCUACCCACUCAUGGCUUCACCUUUUCCACAGACCAUGAUUAUUGCAGCCUAUAUAUAUUUUGUCACUUAUUUGGGACCAAAGUUCAUGGAGAACAAGAAACCUUUUGACCUGAGGCAGCUUAUGGUUCUCUACAACUUUGGUGUAGUGGCUCUUUCAAUUUAUAUGACUUAUGAAUUUCUCAUGUCUGGAUGGGCCACAGGCUAUUCAUAUCGUUGUGACAUUGUUGAUUACUCUAGGUCACCUAUGGCUUUAAGGAUGGUUCGUGUCUGCUGGCUAUAUUACUUCUCUAAGUUUAUCGAAUUGCUAGACACAGUAUUCUUUGUCCUACGAAAGAAAAAUGGCCAAGUUACAUUCCUGCAUGUCUUCCAUCACUCAAUCAUGCCUUGGACCUGGUGGUUUGGAGUCAAAUUUGCUCCAGGUGGCUUAGGAACAUUCCAUGGUAUGAUAAACGCCAUUGUGCAUGUCAUCAUGUACACCUACUAUGCCCUCAGUUCACUGGGACCAUCUUUUCAUAAGUACUUGUGGUGGAAAAAGCAUAUGACAUCUAUACAACUUAUCCAGUUCAUUAUGGUUACCUGCCAUAUAGGACAAAUCUACUUCAUGGAUAAUUGCCCAUAUCAAUAUCCUAUCUUUAUGUUCAUCAUCGGGCUAUAUGGAUUAGUGUUCUUAAUCCUGUUUCUACACUUCUGGUAUCAUGCUUAUACUAAAGGCAAGAGACCCCCAAAGAGUAUAAAAAAUGGUAUUAGCAAAAACAAAGCUGAAUGAAGCACUCUGCCACAGACCUGAGUUUUUCUGACUUGUACUACUUGACAAUCAAGAUGCUUAGGUGCGCAGCACCCUGUAUGUUUUGUACAUGUUUUUCAGAAACAAAAAAGCCUUGUAUUUUUACUAUAAAUUAUUUGGGAUUUAAUGUUGAUGUGGGAGGGAGGGAAAGCCUACUGAUUUGAAAACACUACUGGCCUGUGGUUUUUAGCAACUUUGCACAUCCUAGAAAUAUUUCCUAUGUAUCAAAGAAAUGAGUACUUAAUGACCGUUUAUUGGAAGAACGUUCAUACGUAUUUAUUAUAGAAAUGAAGUGUAUCUGACAAGUAUAUGGUAGUACUUUGAGCACUGACAAGAUACAUUGGUUUUAACUGGCACCUCAUGUUGCUAAGACUAUAGGCUGCUUUUAACUGAAAUGAAAUAAAAUUUAAUGAAUGAACAUGUAUGGACCAUAAAUGUCAUUGUUAAUACAUUGCCUGUAAACAUUAAUGUAUUUUGUACAAACUGUACCAUAUUAAAGUCCAUGAUUCUUAA